AUGCUAACGUUUCAGAUAUCUGCCGUUAGCGUGUUCAAUUCCGUUCAAACAUACGUCAACACUGACCUCACCAAACGUGUGUACGAGGCCAACCCGAACGCAGUCACCCCACUGUCCGCCAGAACCUUUGGAACUUGGACAUUGCUGGCUGCCAUCGUGAGAAUCUACGCCUCAUACUACAUCUCCAACCCUCAGCUCUACGACGUGUGUCUUUACUCGUACGUGUUGGCACUCUUGCAUUUCGGAUCGGAAUGGCUGCUCUUCAAAACAGCAAAAUUCGGUAAAGGUUUGCUGGGUCCAUUGAUUGUGGCAACCACCUCCAUCACAUGGAUGGUGUCAAAAAGAAACGAGUAUGUUCCGUCUUCACCAAACGUGUCUGGGUUCAAGGCCUCUGCAGAAACACUGGUUCUUCUGUUGGCGUUGAUUCUCAUGGUUGUCUUUGCAGCAGAGGCCGCAAACCCAGACCGGCUGGUCGGCUUUGCCGUCUCGACACUGUCCGUAGGUCCCAAACUGGCCUUGGACGUAGGUGCUGACGUAUUAAAUGGAGAUGACUCGAACGAGGUUCUGAACAGUCCUGCUGCAGGUUCUGUGGUGGAUUUGGCCUGA